AUGGGUGAUUCUAAGGGCCUAAGAGUUAUUUGGCCUCCCAAUGGCCUAAAACCACCUAACCACACACAUGACAUCGUGUUUGUACAGAACCAGAGAUCUGUACUCGACUGGAAGGCAAAGAACGGAGCCAUUCUUCCAGAGAAAAUUGGACCAGAAUUGGAGACAAGUCGUAUUUUUGGAUUUGACUAUGAUCUGGAGGAUGCGAGGAUCACCUCUGACGGCUUCUUUGAAAAUGACAUUAUAUUCGGCCCAGGUUACGAUCUGUGUUCAAAGCUAAAUGUCGUGAAGAGUAUAGACAAGGAGCACAUCCCAAUAACUUUUGUUGGCCAUUCCGUCGGCGGUGUGGUCGUCAAACAUGCACUCUGGAUUUCCAAACAGAGACCUCAGCUGGGAGCCAUCUUGAAACAAACAAGCCACGUUAUUUUUGUCGACACGCCUCAUUCCAACUUGACUUGGAGCCUUUGGAAAACUUUAUCAGCUGAUCCCCAAAGGGAAAGCCGUGGCUGUUGGCAACUAUGGUCAACCGCUGUUGAUAGUGCGCAGGACAAAUUUCGGAAGCUUGCGUGCUACUUUAACAUCUCGUCGGCGUUUCUAGCAUUGAGAGGCCCUGAAGCAUAUCUUGAUGGAUAUACCUUAGAAGAUUCGCCAAACGGAAGGGUCUUCGAGUUUCCUGUGACUGAAAAUCACAAAGGCCAAGACCGUAUCAAUAAAGAUUUCAUAUCAGAAUGGCUUCUUGAUUGCAUAAGAGAAACUAAAUUUUGCCUGACAAGGAAAAAUGCCCACGUUCUUAAAAUCAAAUCCUGGCUUGAAUUCCAGCCCGAGAUCAUCAAUGCUCAUACAUAUGAGCGGAAUCUUAGGCUGCGAUAUUCUGGCACCGGCAAUUGGCUUUUGAACCAUGCAUCCUUUCGCCAAUGGACUAGUGAUGGGGUUCGGAGCCCAAUCCUUUGGUUAACCGGCCCCGAAGGAUCCGGAAAGUCGGUACUUUCUUCAGUGAUCACUCACCAUUUAUCACAGACACUCCAGGACCCGGCCGCAUAUAUCUACUUUUGCUCUCAAAAGCCUCGUUCGGCUUUUCAGCUAGCCUCCUUAUUGGCUUUGCAACUUGUCGAUUUUGUAUUAGAGAAGAAUGGAGGUGUAAGCAUUGAAAUUCUCCACGUUAUUGAGGAGGAAUCGAGUCGGCUCCAGCGAAUUCACCGUCUGCUUAGGAUUCUUGUGUCUCAGUGCCAGAGAGUCUUCUUCAUUCUGGAUGGGAUCGACCAUAUGGGUCUCCCUGAAGGGAUUGAACUGCCUUGGAGAGCGCAAGAAGUGGAAAGAACAACCCAACACAUGGAAACCACACUUAAGUUUCUCAUGGAUUUGGCUCGUAACUCAAAAUUUGGUUCUGUGAGAGUGUGGUGUUCUUCGCAACACACUAGCGGAAUAGAGAACCUACUAAUGAAAGAUUCAGCUGCUACACGAUUGCGCAUGGAAGGCGAUACAGUUGCGGAAGAUAUCAGGAGAUACCUCAACCAUCCUACCAAACAAGAACACGGUGAACUCAUCUCUAAAGACGAAAAUUCAGAAAAUGAUUACUCAUUCAUUCCUGAAAUACAAAGAAACUUUCUCUUAGCCUCGUUG